GCCGCCGGCCGCCAUAUUGUUUGCGGUGUCGUGCACGUCGUCGCUCGUUCGCUUCAGCUCGUUUGCUCGCUGCUCGCGUCGUUUUUCUAGUGCGUCGGUUUCUAAAGAGUCGCAAAGAUUUCGCGCAAAGGCAGCAUGAAGAAGACCGAGGACCUGUCGGACGAGGACGAGUAUUCGGCGGACGACCCUGAGGAAGUGGAAGGCGCCUCCGAGGAAGAGUGGAACCCCGAAGCCGGAGCCGAGAGUGGUGCUAAGAAGAGGCCACAACGAACCACCUCUAAGAAACGACAACACUCGGAAGAGGAGGAGGAGGAGGAAGAGGAAGAAGAGGACGAAGAGGAGGAGGACGAAGAAGACGACGAGUCUGACUCUGAUUCGGGAAAGAAAUCUAAAAAGAAGAUGCGUUCCAAAAAGGAAGAGGAAGAUGAGGAGGACUCCGACGAUAACAGUUUUAACGAGUCGUCCGGCGUGCCACCUAAAGACUACACGUCUGGAGCAUUUGUCGUCGCAAAGGCAGAUUUAGGUGCGAAUUCCGAUCCAACUUUGUGGAGGAUAGACGGGAAGGCACUCUUGCAAAAAUAUUUGCCUUUUAAAGAAGAUGGCAAAACAUUGUACAAAAGCACGUCCACGUAUUCAGGAUGGUCAGUGAAUAACAAAGACAAAUACCUAGCAGCUCAGGUGACCUUCAAGGUGCAAAACAGAAGCGAGACAAUUGUCGAACUUCACCUUGAUCGGCAACAACAGCAGGAGGUUGUAAAGGAAGAGAAGGAGGAUUAAACGUAGCACGAGUGCGUUCUUAUCUGUUCAUAUACAUUUUAAGAUAUAUUAAGGACUCGGAUGGAUGCAAGCGUACAGUACAUUCGCAUGUAUGCAACACGAAUGAGACGGUAUGAUCGACGAAGGGGUACUCUUUACUAGGUUCGUGUUUAAAAUUGAAUCCAGUUAGGCCGUUUAACUUCGAUCCAAUUGCGAGGGAAGAACAACACGAGCGCGUUGUUAGACAGAUUUGACGAAGCAUUUAAACCAGUGCCACAUACUGGCAUCGGAGCCAAUCUGCAAGACUGUGUCCAAAUCGGAUGACUUCACCGACGACUCGAUCGUCAAACAUUUAACGAAGUUGAUCCGCUUUUAUGUUCUUGACAUCGUGCCGACUUUGAACUUAACCGAAGUGCCGACGGACGAUCGGUAGUCGUUAACGCGUCUUAUUAUUUCCUCACUAGGCCGCAUUUCGGGCGCAGUCUUCAUUUAAGAUCUGUCAGACCGUUCGUUACGACUGCACUUAAUCGUAAGCGACUCCUCAGUUGAAAAACCUUCCACUAAUGCAGAUAUCCCAUGCAUGUGUGAUCGGAGUAACGUGGUGCCUGGUAAUCGAACGUGAUUUGCAUACAUUGUUAUUAAUUACAGAGUCAGGGUUGGACGUUGCUCGUUGAUCGGUGUCGUCGUUAUAGUCCUUGUCAAAGGGAAACGGUUAGCACGCGGUCGACGAAUUUCACAAGAAGUUAGGGAAUCGGUGUCAAUCCUUUUUCCCUCGCAGGGACGUCUUUGGCUUUUCGUAUUCAGGUCACCCGGGUAGCUGACAUCGACGUAAGUUUAGAAGUCAAUAUCUGGAAGGUCUCAAGGCUCGGAUUAUGCAUAUUGUCGUACAACGUGUCCGAUCUGUCUCGCUCAAAACGACACCCCGUUUUGCCUCCUUGACAUGGCGUUAGUUAAUCCAAUUCCUCGUAUUUAAGUCCUCGGUAACUUUUUGUAAUUACGUCCACGAUUAUUCUAAGAAGUUGACGGAGAUGUUCUUUGCGUUCUUAAUGAUGCAGUCUAAAUAAAAAUAAACGUGCAGUCGCAUCGGGUGUCGCCGUAGUUACUUUUCUCGAUUAAACGGGGGGAAAGGGAAACUCGGUUCUCAGAUAUUACCAGACUUAUUAUAGAAAUGUAUUCGAUAUCCGUUUGUAACUUACAGAUAUGGUAUUUCUUUAGUUUAACGUAAAAAAAAAAAAAAA